AUGGCGCAGUUGAGGUCAGGAAAAGUGCUGAGAGCCAGCGAGGUGAAGCUGGUUGACUCGGAGCUCAGCAGCCCCAGCUCUUCAGGGACAGGGUGUGAGCCAGGGGAAAAGCUGCUAGUCAAACGGAGUCCUCGGCUGGCACUAAAGAGAAAGCUUGGGCAGCCCUUACCCUCCUUUCCGCAACGUGCCAGCCUUUCUGGUGCUUCUUUCAAGUGUUUUGUUCUUCCUAUGCCUGUGCAGAAGGAGCAAGGUGAGAACAGACAGAAAUUCCCAGGUAAAAAAAACAAGGGAAUCCAGCGCAGGAAGUCUCCCAGCAGAAGCAAGGAUGUAGCUUCAGCAGUUUCAGACACAGCUGAGUGUGAAGAUUGGCAAGCAGCAUCCAUGGCUGCAGCAAUGUGCUGGGAAGAGACUCUAAGAGGGACAGUUCAAAGUCAACAGCUGUUUUUCUCAGGAACUACUUUGCCUAGUAAGUUCUCAGCAGGGAUUGAAAGGAAUGAAUGUUGCUCAGAAGACCUGAACUUCUUAGGUUUCCACAUGGGUUCAAGAAACUCAGAAAAUGAAGGGAAACAUUCCUGUAUGGAAAUAAAAUUUGAAGUCCCAUCCUUGGAGGGGGAAAUUGAGAGCACAGAGAGACAUGGAAUAUCCUGUUUUCCAGAACCAGGAGGUCUUCAACCCAAAAAGAUCACAUGGAAUACUGAAGUGAAAUGCACUGGCUCCAUAAUGACACAGAAUAUUCAAAUCCCAGAUUUUAGGAAGGAGGUUUUGGGCACUCAGGAAGCCAUACCUGAACCAAAACCUCAGCAAAAGGAUGAUACCCCAGAGAGGUUGAAUGGAUGUGAAUUAGUUGGAUCAAGAACACUAGAGACACAGAAAAGAGAAUGGAGAUGCUUGGGCAAGGAAGGCAGGAGAUCAGUGGUGAAACCAAAAGUACAUGGUCCCAAAGAGAGGGAUGGUUCUGCCUUGCUAGAACAGCAUACACAGUGUCUAGAGUCCAGGAAAGGAGCUUUGAAUAUGAGGAACAGAAGUGCAUUGCUGUCACAGCAGCUGCAGGAUCUGAGUGGACAAGAACAACCAACAACCAGAAGAAAGAAGCGUUGCAUGAAAGUAGAGCAGCAGAGCUCAAGCUCUCAGGAAGGACCAGACAGCCCAGGGGAAAGUGCAGAGGAACAAUUGAAAGCAAUUGAGCAAGACUCUGGUACUUCACAGACUGUGAAGAAGGUUAGGACAAAGCAAAACAGGGCAGAAGAUUCUAAGGAAAAGGAAUCUCACUACUGUAGAUCUUUUGCAGUUUCUACAGCAGGUGACAGUGACAGCAAGAGCUUUCUAUGCCACGCUGUAACAAAAAAGCCUGCUGUGCAAUGUAGAAAAAGGCAACGUAGAUCUGGUCAAAUCAAGCAAUUGCAAAGUUUAAGUGUGACUGCAGCUGAAAAAGUGAUGAAUACGUCUGCAAAAUGUGAUGCUGAACAUUGCAGUAAUGCCCUAAACCAUUGUAGUGGCUUGCUCUGUGCAACCGUUAAGGAUCCAUUUGUGAUAUUAGAGGACUGUAGUUACAUCAAUACAUUAGUGAAGCCUUCAGCUAGUGGAACUACCAACAGUUAUCAAUUAAAUGGAUUCUUCCAUGUAGCCCAUGGUACAGGAGACCUGAAUGACAUAAUUUGCAGCACUAGUAGAAGACAAAAUGAGACCUCACUCAUAAAAGGUGGUUUAUCAUCUAAUAAAGAGAAGAAUGAAGAUGGCUGUGUUUCAUGCUGCCUGAGUGAAAGCAGUAAGUGUUUAAGGGGAAAAAAGUGGAAUACUGAUAGAAAGCCUAGAAAAAGGAUGAAAACCACGGAGGAAUCUGCAGACGUGGCUAGUAAAUGCAAGAAGGAUGAGUUACAAACAGAAGCAGCAGUUGCCAUGUCAAGUUCAUUUGCAGUUUCAGGACUAAAUCAUAUUCUCUCAGCUUCACAUACAUCAGAUUUUGAUGCAGAAAAAAAUACUCAUGAAGUACAAACUCUGUCGGCCUGGAGGAACAAUAAUACCAAAUUACUGGCACUAGAAACUGGCUUCAAGAAGACAUCUGAGCUCUCUGUAGUAAAAGGAGAAAAUUCAAGCAGCGUGGCAUAUUGUGCAGCUGCCUCAGAUAGCCUGAGAGUGUUAGCGCAGAUCCAUGAUGUUUCUGAUUUUCCCAAAAGCAAGACAGGAGGAAAUUUGAACAAAGUUAAUAAGAAAUUAAAGCAGUUUACCUGUCAAAGAACAAUACCUAUGACUGGUAAAAAAGUUUGGCCCAUUGAAUCUUGUGCCAGGACUUCUGAAUGGUUUCUUAAAAAUCAUAGGUCCGUCUCAGAAGGAGGAAGACUUUUAAAGGCUGCUUUUGAGGAUUCCUCUGAUAAAACCAAUAAAGUAGUAGGACAUAGUGCAGUGCCUGGGAAUCUGAGACAGCUGGAUUUGCAUACAUCAUUGGCAGAAAUUACAAAAGAAAUUACACAUAAAAAGAUUGAUUCAAAUAUUGACUGUCAGGCUUCACUUGAAACAAUGGAAUCCUCUUCUGUGGGCAUUUAUGAGACUUUGACAAUGAACAGUGAAAAUGAGAAAUCACCAGUUAAUACAGAUAGAAGUGCCAUGACUUUUAACCAUGGUGAUGUGCAAGAAGUUAAAGCAACCUUGAAUUUUACAGCAAAACAAAAAGAUGAAAAUGAAGGAGAUGUAACAAAAAGAAACCUGCCUGCAACAGUCCAGAAUGGUACAACAGAACAAAAGGAUAAAAAUGAAGGAGGUGUGACAAAUAGAAACCUGCCUGCAACAGUCCACAAUGGUACUUCUACAAGUAACACAAACAGUAUAAACUUCAGCCAUAAAGUAUCAGUAGUGAACCAGACAUUUUCUGAUUUGAACCUAAUUAAACCAUUAACCUCUGGAAGCCUGACAAAAUUCAAAAUUCCUUUAUGCAUAAACAAACCUGAAUCCAAGAAACGGGAAUCUGUCUAUUCAUUUGAAAGCAAAACUUGUAGUCCACUAGAGCUUCUUGAAAGCACUAGUCCAGGAAGGCAGAAGACAGGUGAAGAGACUUUCUUGCUAAAAUCUGAACAGCAUCCUCUUCCUGUCAUGGGUGUUGCUACAUCUCCAGCUUCCAUUCAGAAAAAAACAGAUGAGAUUGACAGUAAGGACUUCCAGCACAGUGGCUCUGUAAACCUCUCUGAUGAGAUCUCUGUGCUCUCUGAAAGUUUUUCUGCAUAUCCACAUCCUCUUCUUGAUGGACAACCAGAGCCAUCUGUGCCUGAUUUCUACAGUACUGAAUGUGUGCUGAAAUCUAGUUUUCCUGAUCAUUCUUGGAAUGCAGUCGACCGCUUUGUUGAAUUAGAAAUAAAUGGUGAUAGAAAAUCAAGAGGGAAUUUUUCACAGCACGAAAGUCAAAAUUUACCAGAUAUCCUUGAAGCUUACAAUCAAGAUGUUCUUGUCAUUGAUGUGAUUCAGGAUGACCCUGACCUUUUUGGAGCUAGUAAUGAAGAGGAGCUUGUACCUGCACACUGUGAAAAUACUCCAGUGAAAGCAUCCUCUGCAAAGUGCAUUGAAGACACAAAGGUGUAUAUUAAGCCUGAGUCUCCUGUUACCUCAGAAAAGACGUAUUCAGUAGAGCGUAGUUUUAGAUGCAUGCGAGAAUCUGGAAUGUCAAGUGAUACUGAAAAUUCUUGUAAUUUGAUGUUGAAAGCUGAAGAUGUGAAAACCCACAACUCCUUCAGAGGAAGCAGUCCUUCAAGAGAUGUUAGUGAGGACUUUCUUAAAGAUAAGCAACAGAGCAAACUAGAUGAACUUUUGACGAGUUUGGACGUGGAUGAAAAGUUCAAGCUUGCAGAUGGAGUGCCUGAUGUUGAGGAAGAAAACAAGCGUGAAGCUGAAAAACGUGACUCUAAAUGCAAAGUGAACUGUGAAAUGCUAUCAGGAUUACCACUGAAUGACCGAGAAGUAAAUCUCUUCAGUGGAAGUACAGAGAUGAAAUCCUGGACAAAUGGUUACAAAUCUUCAGGAAGAAGUACUUUACUGCCAGUGAAGAAUUGUGGAGAUUUUGAGCCAUGGACGAUGGAGAAAAAUGCAAUUGCUUAUCAUUCAGUCCAGCAGAUCCUUGAUGCACUUAACUUGCCUCGUAAAUACUGCAGAUAUUAUUUCAUGACUUCACGUGGGUGUGAAAGAACAAAAUGUUGGUUCUGUCAUGUUCCAGGACAAGGGGAUGAAAAGAUUUGCAUGGCAAUUCUUAGGACAUACAUUAAUAUCAGUGAACCAGGCCUCCUAAAACGUGCAGUCCAAAUAUUUGUGCAGUAUUACAAAGAAGUUAUUCCUGGUGUGGAUUUUGCUUCUGAAGUGCUCAAUGAUCUUCUUGUUUCAUUGCUCAGCAACUGUAUGUUGCAGCAAGUAUUUCGGAUAUUGAAUGUAAUUGUACAAAUCAAGACACUGCCAGCUGUAGAUGUUCUUCUGAAAGUUUUUGAGCAUGUGGCUUCUUUGAAUAUAAGAAGUGCUGUGCCCACAUUAAUGAGUACCUUCUGUAAGCUCAUUGAUGCCGGGAUCUUCCUUGAGUUAGAACAUUUUGAUUACAUUAUUAAGUUACUUCACCAAUUGCAAGUUUCUGGUUGGGAAAUGCGUACUGUUUUGAACAUAAAAUCCAGAUUUAAGGAAAGAUAUUUUGCAAAGACAUGGAUUUUUGACUUCAACUUGGCAGUGGCUGAAAUUCAGCACUGCAAGGAAAAAAGGGAUUGGACCAAGCUGGGAGCUUUGUAUCUUAAUGCAAGAACUGGAUGUGAACAUUUUGAUGAUGUUCAGAAAUUGUGUUUAUCUAUUGCUGAAAUUCUAACCAAAGCUUCUGAGACAGACAAACCAGGAGUGCCUUUUUGCGAUUUUGCUGAUGCAGUAAUGAAAAAUUCACGCCAUAAUAAAGGAGACAGACUUUUCGUUGGAAGGACUGGGAUAAGUGUAAUGUAUUCCUAUCACAAAGUACUGCAGUGGAUAAAGGGAAGCAAGGUUUUGGAUAAACUGCAUGAGCUACGGAUACAUUUUACACUCUUUAAAGGACUUAUAGGUCCAGGGAGGUCAGCAUCCAGAUGUCAGAUUGUUAAUAAAGCCACAGAAAUCUUUCUUCAUUCUGGAAAUUUGGAUGGAGCAAUUAGGGUAUUGAGAGAGUCAGAGUGGAUUACAGAUGCACCAUUGUGGCCCUGUGAUAAAAUGGACAUCCUCAAUCGACAUAAUCUGUUAUGUGCAAUAGUGCACAAAUACUUGAGGAAGAGUUUGUACAGGCAAGCAUUUGAAGUUCUGCAGAACUUACCAGGUUUGCAGAAACAUUCUGAUAUUAUAGAUGCUUCUCAAUACAGCCACCUUUUUAACAAGCUGGUAAAUGCCUGUUAUGAGAACAAGAACCUUGGGGUCUCAUCUUCUGCAGUAGACUUCAUGCUUUCCAGGAAGAUUGCUAUUGAUUUUGUUUUACUUAGAGGAUUAAUCAAAGCUUUGGGAAGAAGUUCUUUAUGGUCCAAAGCUAGGACCUAUUACAAAAAUGCUUUAUCACUGGGUUGUUACCCAGAGCUGCAGGGAAAUUUGUAUCACAAACUUCUGAAGAUUCCCUCUUACCUGUCUGAAGUUGAGAUGCUGUUGACCAUUGAAAUAUUUCUUGUUUCAAACGCCAGUGAUAUUCAAAGUCCAAGGACUGGUCAGGCUCUUCAAAUAAUACUGAAAAGAUCUGAAGAUGCAGUUCACAAUAACAGUGCCUAUCACGGGGCAGUGGAGAGGCUGAUCCAGGCGGCUCAUUUAUCUGAUCCAAAGCUUUUUCUUAAGCAUAUGACAAUGAAUGUUAAUAUGGAAGAAGUUUACAGCCUAGAGCAUUCAUCUGCUCUAAAGUGGCUUCAGGAGAAUAUGGAAUGGGCUGAGAAGGUCUGGCUGUUUCAGUAG